AUGUCGGUAGCCAGAGCCAUGCGAUGUCUUUGCUUGCCGGCGCAAUCCAAGCAACCACUAGGCCUACUGGUAACUGCUUUAAUUGCAAGCGCCCAGGCCAUUUUGCCAAGCAAUGCAGAGCCCCUGGCGGGGGGGCACACAAGGAUGAUGCUGCCUCUAAGGCUAAACCGUCUAAAAAGUGCCCGAAAUGUGGCAAAGGCUAUCAUUGGGCUAAUCAAUGCAGGAGUUCGGGAAACUCCAUUCCGGCCCCACUCUCGGGCCAGGACAAUUAGAGAGAUUUCCACCUUUAAUUUCUGCUGCUGCAAACUUUUCAAAAUAAACACACCCUCUGAAUUUGCCAUUGAUUUGAUCAAUCAGGAGACCAAAGACUCUGUUUUACCUGGUGAAAUUGUGCUUAUGCCCACUCAAUUGGCAGGCCCCCUGCCUCCUAAAGUCGCAGGUUUAAUUUUACCCAAAUUUUCUGCGGCAAAAGAAGGAAUCCAGGUUAUUCCUGGGGUUCUGGAUCCUGACUAUAUAGGCACAAUACUGGUUCAACUCUGGAGCCAUAUGCCCAUGCAAUUAAAAAAGGGUGAGUCUUGGGCGCAUUUGGUGGUGCUCCCUUCUCAUCCUACUGCUUCUAUUAUGGAUACUAAUUUGCACGAGCUCUCUUCUUUCCCUCCACAGCUGUUAGCUGUAGUCCAGCGGAUUGGUGAGAAGAAACUUCUUCGUAAGUAUAAAAUCAAUGGUAUUGUGCUGGAAGGCUUGAUUGACACAGGCGCAGACGUUUCUGUAAUUUCUAGUAGUUGCUGGGACCCCACGUGGCCCCUUGAGUCUGCCUCUGCAGUCUGGGGUGUGGGUGGCCCCAAACCUCUUCCAAAAGCGUACAGUGGCUGCCUGUUUCUCUGCCUGAUAGCUCUGAAACCAUUGCUUACAUCCAGCCCUGUGUGCUGAAAAUCCACCUCAAUCUGUGGGGAAGAGACUUGCUACAGCAAUUACAAGCUACCAUUCAAUUUAAUGAGUAAGCUUGCACUUCCCCUCAACUGGAAAUCUUCUGGUCGUGUCCUGGCUAUACAUUUAAUUACAUUCCUGCAAACAUCAGCCAUGGAACACCCUGUUGUUUAAGCCGUUUGUCCAUCAUUUUAUCGCCGCAAUAUUGAAUUAACUAAUGAUUGUGAUGAUUCAAUUUCUCUUCCCAGUAGAUCUGAAUAUAUCUCCUUAGCUGUUUCUCUCUUAGGAGUCCCUGGAUUGGCUGUACGGAAUCGUAUGAACAUUAAUUCUUUAGCUUGUUAUGCAGCAAAAACCCUGAAUUUUACUUCACAAGCUCUUCACCUUUUGAAUAAAGAACAGAGUGAACUCCACUAUGGACUUUUACAAAAUCGUGCUGCUAUCACUAUUUGCUCAUGCUUCAUCAUUAUGGCUGUGAACAAGUGAAUGACAUGUGUUGUUUCAAUAUUACUGACAAUUCUAGAGCCAUUCAAAGCCAAAUCUCUCAUUUGCAAAAUCUUACACAUCACAUUAAACAGGACGUUGGAUUUCCUGGCCUCUGGGAUUCUUUCACCCAGUGGCUUACCGCUUGGUUGCCAAACCUGAAUUGCUUCGUAAUCUCUUUCAAUAUGCUAUUUUCAUAAUUUGUAUUCUUAUUUUGCUAUGCUGUUUCCUUCAAUGCGUUCCUAGCCUCAUAAGUCUUUUCUCUCGGCUUCUCUCUCCCCCUCAACCACCCAGUAAACUCCUUGCUGCUUACUUUGCGAAAUGGCAACACCAACAGUAAACCUUAGGGGAGAUGUGGGCGGAUUUAUUUUGGGCAUGCGCUGGCAAACCACGUAUCCUGAAGUACUUUUGUCCCAUCGACCCUGGCGAGCUUAUUUCGGGCAUUCGCUGGCACACCACUAAUCCCGAAGUAUUUUUGCCUUAUCUACCUAGAACGCCUCGCAAACAAGAAAAGAAAGGGGGAGAUGAAGGGAAGUUUUCUUUCUGCAGUUUCUCUUACUGCACAUAACUGUGGCAUUGUGGGAAGUCUUACUAUGAAAUCUUGCUAUGCUUACUAUGAGAACUCUUGCUUCUUUCCUCUUGGAUUCUGGGAAGUCUCGCUUCUGCUUCUGCACAAGAGUCUGAGAAUGUUCUGAACAGUUCCCAUUGAGUUCAUGAAACAGUGUAUCCUGACCUGUUCUUAAUGCAUUGCUGACCACAUCUACGGAACGUGAUUGUUGUAUUCCUUCAUGUUAUGUUCUCUCAAUAUCAAUCUUUAGUUAUAAUUUAAUUAGGAGGUUUCAUGCCUGUCUAGUUCCAGCUCCGUUCCCAGUCUUUAAUCUACCAGUGAUUGAUGUUAUAUGUUAUUCCCGCCUUGUACCUAUGUUAACCAAUCAGCAACAAGAUGCUUUGUGUUUGUAUCAACCAAUCAGCCACAAGCACACCUGUGGCAAUGUUUGUAAUAUUCAAUAAAAGAGAGUUCCCGGGGCUUGCCCCGGGGAGACGCCUCUCCUUUGACACUCACCACUCGUCUGUCGUGAUUUCAACCCAACAUCUGGUGACCCCGACGUGUCACAGGGCACUGUUGUCAAAACCUAUUUGAAAUCCAUACGAUUAGGGGCAUUUGGGCAAGGUACGAUUAGUAUGAUGAUGAUACUCAACUGUUUGGAACAUGGUGAUACUCAACUGUUUGGAACACGGACAAGGACAUGACACUGGGGACAGGAAGAGCAUGAACUAUCGCCCCAUUCUCAACCUCAAUUAAAUACCCACAUAAUGCUGCAACUCUGUAACAAUUUAUAAUACAGUUACAUGAAUCAAUAUUUGAGCAUAUAUUAGUUGGUAUGUCUAAAUACUUAAUGAGGAACAAUCUUUGCAGUCCAGCCCAGCAGUGGUGGUGUUAGCAGCCAGUUUCCCACACCAGCCACAUGGUGGAGAAGCACUUGGCCUGCUUUGCUGCCGCAUAGGAUGCUGGGACAAAAGCAGGAACUUAUCAAUAGCCAUGCUGGGUCCCAAAAGGGUAGGUCUUAAGAGUGAAAGUGGGUUGGUGGAUUAUUGAAUACAUGCUAAAUGCCUAUGCCAAGCCUGUUCUUCUGCAAUCAAUAAAGUUGUUAACUAAUUUAAUCCAACAUUAGACUCCUUGUCUUUAUUUGCCACCUGAUUCCUCCUCCCCAAGACUUCACUGUCCCUGGGUCUGAAAUCAAGACCAGCUUCAUGAUAAUCACAGUAAGUGUGUUGAGCUUUCUGCCAUAAGAAAGGAGAAGUGAUAGGAGAGUAAUAUUAGUAGCACUUCUAUCCAAUGUAAUUAUGGAUUAUGGAGAAAGCUAGAGAGUUCCAGAAAAAAGUCUACUACUUCUUCAUUGACUACGCAAAAGCCUUUGACUGUGUUGACCACAGUAAACUAUGGCAAGUGCUUAAAGAAAUGGGAGUGCCUGAUCACUUCAUCUGUCUCCUGAGAAAUCUCUGUGUGGGAGAAGAACCUACAGUUACAACUGGAUAUGGAACAACUGAUUGGUUCAAAAUUGGGAAAGGAGUACGGCAAGGCUAUAUAUUGUCUCCCUGCUUAUUUAACUUUCGAAUUCAUCAUGUGAAAGGCUGGAAUUGAUGAAUCCCAAACUGGAAUUAAGUUUGCCGGAAGAAAUAUCAACAACCUCAGAUAUGCAGAUGACACAACUUUAAUGGCAGAAAGUGAGGAGGAAUUAAAGAACCUCUUAAUGAGGGUGAAAGAGGAGAGCACAAAAUAUGGUCUGAAGCUCAACAUCAUAAACACUAAGAUCAUGGCUACUGGGCCCAUCAUCUCCUGGCAAAUAGAAGGAGGGGAAAUGGAAGCAGUGAGAGAUUUUACUUUCUCGGGCUCCAUGAUCACUGCGGAUGGUGACAGCAGUCACGAAACUAAAAGACGCUUGAUUCUUGGGAGAAAAGCGAUGAUAAACCUAGACAGCAUCUUAAAAAGCAGAGACACCUUUCGACAAAGGUCCAUAUAGUUAAAGCUAUGGUUUUCUCAGUAGUCAUGUAUGGAAGUAAGAGGUGGACCAUAAAGAAGGUUGAUUGCCAAAGAAUUGAUGCUUUUGAAUUAUGGUGCUGGAGGAGACUCUUGAGAGUCCCAUGGACUGCAAGAAGAUCAACCCUAUCCAUUCUGAAGGAAAUCAGCCCUGAGUGCUCACUGGAAGGACAGAUCCUGAAGCUGAGACUCCAAUACUUUGGCCACCUCAUGAGAAGAGAAGACUCCCUGGAAAAGACCCUGAUGUUGGGAAAUAUUGAGGGCACAAGGAGAAGGGGAAGACAGAAGACGAGAUGGUUGAACAGUGUUCUCGAAGCUACCAGCAUGAGUUUGACCAAACUGCGGGAGGCAGUGGAAGACAGGAGUGCCUGGUGUGCUCUGGUCCAUGGGUUCACGAAGAGUUGGAUAUGAUAAAAUAACUAAACAACAACAAUCCAAUGUAUGUCAGCUUCAUCUCUUCCUCAGUUUUAGGGAAUAUGUCAUCAACUGCCAGUUUUCUCCAUAGGCCCUAUUUAUUUUACACAUCACAUUUCUCCAACUAGAUUGCACAUGUUUAAAGUAAUAUCUUGCACAGGAGAGUAUUUUGACUUAUUUGGAACCCUGUAAUUAUAUCAGAUACCUAUGAUUUAUCUUCAACUUUCUUAAGUCCCAUAUGGAUUUGUUAGGAUGACAAAUACAAUAGCAAACAGAGUCUGGAUGUUUAUAUAAAAUAUAUCUAAGCUUGCUAAAAACUAGGAUAAGGGGCUUUGGGACUGAAGAGCUAUCCCAAUCUAAUCUUUAAUGAAAGGUUGAGGAAAGUAGCUGAAGGUGGUAGAUAGAUAGAAAAGAGAAGUGUAGAUCCCAUUUUGCCCUAAGAUUUCAGGGAUGUGUUUGUGGUGGUUAUUCCUCUUUCUGUGGCUUCAUUUUCCUCCAACAGAGACAGAGGAAGACAAUAAUACGUGCAUUAUGAUUGAACCAUUCCGAUUCCCCUAUGAGUAUGAUCAAAAAGGGGACCUAAUCAUAGGACAGAUAACUUCUCAGUAUGGCUUUCUAUCUGAUGAAUUUUCUUUCCAUGAACACCCUAAAACCAGCACCAUGUAUGAACUACUGUAAGUGUGCUUUGCCCUUCAUAACUUGCAAUAGGUCAGGUUUGUACGUAAAUGCACAGUGAGGGAAUGUGACCCUUUGUACCAGUCCCUGCUGACAAGAAAACAACUCAUGCAGCAAAGUUAAAACCCUUAUUGGGUAGAAUUAGAGGGGGAGGCGAGAAAUUGAAAGGAAAAUAGAACUAUCUGGAGUUCCCAAACACUCACCCCAACUAGGUUUCUGGGUCUUCCUCAAACUAGGCAGAAAAGUGUUAGCAAUAUGCCUAAGUUCCCAAAGCAUAUUAUCAAGACAAGCUGUCUAUACAAGAUGUCCCAUUUUUUGUAGUGCAUAUUUUUACCAUAGCUCCCAUCAUGAGUCCCUGUUUGUGAAUUUUAAGUGAGCAUAAGUGAUGCUGUGUGUGCUUUCUUAGCUGCAAAAUAUUGAUGUGGAAUGUAUAUAUGUUUGUCAUUAUGUGCAUUGACUAGCUGUUAUUUUCAUCAUAUUAUAAAUGAUUUCAGCUUGUGGCAGCUUGUGCUGGGUAGAAAUUGUCACUGUAGUUGUCCGUUUUAAAUUUAUGUUUUGCUCUUGUUGGGUUCCUUGCAGCAGUCUGAGUAAGUACAAUGCAUGGCAUGACUGAAUUUUUAAAUAUGCAAACUUCCAUCCUAAUAAUAUCACCGAAUUUUCAAAGAAAAAUGCUUCAUGAAGGAAUAGAUAUCUCUCUUAUGUAAAAUAUCACAUUUUUAUUAGUGCAACACCAAAAAAUUAUCAGCACAUUGUCUCUUUGGUAUUCACUGUGAAAGAGAUAAAUGAGAAUCAAAAGAUCCUACCAAAUGUAAGCCUGGGAUUCCACAUUUAUGAUGGCUACACAAAUGCAGGGAUGACUCAUCAAAACACCAUGAAACUUCUGUCCACGUCAGAAAGGAUUGUUCCCAACUUCAAAUGUGACAAGAAAAAGAAAAUCAUAGCUGUCAUUGGAGGACUUUACUCUGAUAUUUCCCUUCACAUGGCAACUGUCUUAGGCAUCUACAAAAUUCCCCAGGUAGAGUGUAUCCUCUGGAACUUGUCUCUUGUCCUUUUUCAUUAGUGGAAAAUGAAUAAUGGACACAAAAGUAUCUGGCUUUAUUAAGCUUUUAUUUCAUAAAAAAUUUUUUUUGGGAAGAAAUAUAAAUGCCUGUUCAUUAUAUAGAUGGGGAAUAUGGACUUACACACAAUUUCAUCUUGAGGUCAGCAUACAUCCUAAGCGGGUGCUUUAUAUGUUUUAAAAAGAUGAUGCACAAGGGAUUCUUAGAUUAUUUUCACUGACUAAUUUGCUGUUUGGGUGUUUCUAAUGAGGAUACCUCAAACUAGUAUUGUGUUGAACCAUUCAUUGGAAGUAAAAAAAAAAAAAAUGUCCAGUAGCACCUUAGAGACCAACUAAGUAUGUUCUGGGUAUAAGCCUUCGUAUGCACAUUCAUUCGAAGGUUCCAGAAGGAAAGGCUGGGGUAACAAACCUGAAUAACUUGAAAUUUGAAUAAUUAGAAAUUUUCAGAUAUCCCACAAAUAUGUUCAAGAACACAAUAAAGAUGCUGGCAUCUUUAAACAAUUGAUUAGUACUUUUCAUACUCUCAGAUCUUGUGGCCCAAGAACACUUAUCUUGAUAACUCAACAAUAUUCUUUCUUUCUUUCUUUCUUUCUUUCUUUCUUUCUUUCUUUCUUUCUUUCUUUCUUCCCCCCCUCUCUCCCCCCUUCAUAUGGAUUCCAUGUCAGCAGUAAUCCAGGUUGAAUCCUUACUGUUUUGUUUAAUUUGUGUGCAUACUGGUGAAACUAACAUUCCCUCUCCUCUUUUCAGAUUGCCAACUGUGUAUUAG